UUGAUGUGUCGAGUUGUAAUGUCUCUUAAAGCUUCAACACCAGCAGCUGUGUGCUUCCUCCCUUCAUAUCCAGGAAGCUGCCUUCCGUUGAAUUCUUCGCUUUUCCUCGUACACUGCUGUUCGGAGAGACUGACAUAUAUUUGUACGUACGUACGUGCGUAAGUGCAUUUAGAAAUUGAAGGAGAAAAAAAUAACAGGAAUAUGAAUAGUUGGUUGGUGGCGGUCAACAUGGAGAUCAUUUAGUCAAACAGUCGAUUAGUGUUCCUUAAUUUACUCAUCUGCAUGCGUGUUAAUUAUAUUCCUGUCUAUAAAUAAGCGACGAGGAUACUCCGUCGCUGACGACGAAGCAUGGUGAAGAGCAGCAGCAGCAUUGCUCCGUUGCCGACGACGAAGGGAAGAAGCGGCCAGGGGAAGAGGCAGUACAAGGGGGUGCGGAUGAGGAGCUGGGGUUCCUGGGUCUCCGAGAUCCGAGCGCCCAACCAGAAGACCAGGAUUUGGCUCGGAUCCUACUCCACCGCGGAGGCCGCCGCCCGGGCCUACGACGCCGCGCUCCUCUGCCUCCGGGGGAAUUCCUCCGCCCUCAACUUCCCUACCUCCCCGCCCUUCUCCGGCGGCGUCCCCGGCGUCAUGUCCCCCAAGUCCAUUCAGAGAGUGGCGGCCGCAGCCGCGGCCCAAGAAACUGUUCCGGCGACGGCGCCGUCACCUCAGACAGCGCCGUCGCCGUCGGAACAGGCGGAAGCGGCGGCCAAUGAGGGCUCCACCUCGCUUGAAUCGCUCGAUUUGGAGGCAUUCUUCCAGUCGCCCAGGUGCAUGGACUACAUGCUUCACCCGGCGAUCUCCUUCUUCGGCGCUCCCCGAGUCGAGGACUGCUGGAACGAAGAAGCUGGCGAGAUCAGCCUGUGGACCUUCUUCUGAUUAAUUGAUUGAUUAAUUAUUCAAUUACGUGUUGUCUUCUUCGUAUAAGUAUUAAGAAGUCAAUGGCUAACACAUUUGAUUUGUUUA